AGCAAGGAGCCGGAGCGGAGCAAGGAGGAGCUGGGCGCCGACAAGGGCCCCGAGAAGCCGGACCCCUCGCAGAAGCCCCCCUACUCCUACGUGGCUCUGAUCGCCAUGGCCAUCCGGGAGAGCGCGGAGAAGAGGCUCACGCUGUCCGGGAUCUACCAAUACAUCAUCAGCAAGUUCCCUUUCUACGAAAAGAACAAGAAGGGCUGGCAGAACAGCAUCCGCCACAACCUCAGCCUCAACGAGUGCUUCAUCAAGGUUCCCCGGGAGGGCGGCGGCGAGCGCAAGGGCAACUACUGGACCCUGGACCCCGCCUGCGAGCCUCUCUCCAGCCCGAACAGCUACGGCUACCUCUCCCCGCCCAAGUACUUGCAGUCCACCUUCAUGAACAACUCGUGGCCGCUGGCGCAGCCCCCCGCGCCCAUGCCCUAUGCUUCCUGCCAGAUGUCUGGCGGGAACGUCAGCCCUGUCAAUGUGAAAGGACUCUCGGGCCCGGCGUCCUACGGUCCCUACUCGCGGGUGCAGAGCAUGGCGCUGCCCAGUAUGGUGAACUCCUACAACGGCAUGGGCCACCACCACCACCCGCAC